ACGUGUCGGCGCGUUCCAAGAUGGCAGCGCAGGAGCAGGAGCCCGCGGUGCAGUUCGCGCAGAGGCUCGCGUCCAACGAGCGGCCCGUGCGCAGCAAGGCGCUCAAGAAGCUGCGGAAGUAUAUGGCCGCGCGCUCGCAGAAAGUCAAAGGAGCGUUCACGGCGGAGGAGCUGUUGAAGCUGUGGAAGGGGCUCUUCUACUGCCUGUGGAUGCAGGACAGGCCGCUGCUGCAGGAGGAGCUCUGCGCUCAGGUAUCCAGCCUGCUGCACUGCCUGCACAACGCCGACGUCCAGUUUUUGUUUUUGGACACAUUCCUGCAGACCAUUAACCGUGAGUGGAAUGGAAUCGACCGCCUGCGCAUGGACAAGUUCUACAUGCUCGUGCGAUUUGUGUUCAGACAGACCUUUGAGAUGCUGAAGAGGAGAGACUGGGACGACGGUUUGGUGGAGCGGUUCAGGGAGUUGCUGAGCGAACGGGUCCUGCACAGCACCAGCGAAGCGCCCUCUGGAGUCCAGUUCCACAUCCUGGACUUUUUCCUGGAGGAGCUGGGCAGGGUGGGGGCUGCGGAGCUCACGGCGGAGCGGAAUCUCACCUUCAUCGACCCAUUCUGCAAGGCGGCAGCCAAGACCAAGAACCACACCUUCAUGCAGGCCAUCUGCAGUGGGAUUCUCCAGGAGAUCGUGGAUCAGGCGCCCUUUGCUAUCGAAGACCUCAUGAGGGAGCUGCUCAAGAAGGGCGGGGCUGAGGGAGAAGACUUCGCUCACGAGGACGACUCAGGUCAGGCGUCAGCUGAGGACGAGGAGGAGGUUGACAGGACGGCUGCGCCCCAGAGCUCCAAGGAAGUGAAAGGGAAGCAUCUCAAUGGUCUUCUGCCAGGUAGAGACGAUGAGGAUGAAGAUGAACUCUCAGAUUUAGGGGAGGACUUCUCUUACGUGCUGGAGGACAGCGAAAGCCCGGGGCCCAUGCUGCAGUUUGACUACAAGGCCGUGGCAGAGCGGCUGCUGCGGUACGCGAGUCGUCCCACCGUCUCCAACUUCAACAGGAAAAAGCUGUACCCACUCGUGAAGACAUUCCAAGGUCUCAGUGAAGGUGUGUUCCCCAGCGAUGGAUACCCUGCGGAGGUUUCCACGGAUGAGGACGACUAUGACGAGUUUGGCAGCCGGAAGCGGCUGAGGAAGAGGAGGAAGAACCGGACGGAGGAGGACGGAGAGGAUGGAGCUUCUGCGACAAAGAAACACAAAGGCAAGAAAGAGGCCGAAGUUCAGGGGAAGCAGAGAGAAGGUGCUCAAACAGACAAGGGUGCCCUGAACGACACCACGGUAAAAAAGAGGAAGAAGAAAAAGAACAAGGGAAAUAAGGGCAGCAAGGCAGAGGGGUCCAGACAGGACGAGGUCUCCGCUGAUGACCUCCAGGGGGCGCUGGCGCAGGACAAGCUCCCUGCUGCUGAAGAAACUGUGGACGGCGUGGGAAAGAAGAAGGGCAAGGGGCAGAGGAAGAAGGGUUCUUCCCCUUUGAUAACCCCAGAGCUCCAGGGCCUCGGGGGGACGAUGGAGGCGGAGCCUGUUUCAGCAGGAGAGGCGGAGCCCGUGCAAGAGAUGCAGUCCAUGGAUGGCACGUCCACCCAGAAGAAGAAGCAGCGGAAGAGGAGGAAGCGAUCCCUCUCACAGGAGGGCAAGAGCACGUUGGGACCCGAUCCCUAUGCAGUCCCUGCAGACCGAGUGGAUGAAACCAAUGGAGGAGUGGAGAAGGAAGGGGUGGCGCUUGAGGACACAACAGAGAUGCCCGUUUGCCAAGUGGCAGGCAGUAAAAAUAAGAAAAAGAAGAAAGGGAAGGUCCAGCAGAUGGAGCAGGAAUUGCAGCUGGGAGCAGGAGAGGCUCACAGCACAGAUGCCUGCGCAGUCAGUGCAGCUGCAGAUGAGGAGCCCUCAUCCGAAAGUCCACUCAUGCAGAAGAAGAAGAAGAAAAAAAACAUCAAGAGGAAGAUGGGAGCAGAGCCCCCUGAGAGCACAGAGGAAGAGCCAGUAAAAAUGAAUGGAGAUGCUCAGAGGGGGAGCAGAGCCAAAAAGCCCAAAAAGACCACAGAAAACCCAGACAUCGCCAGCUCUGCCAGCACCAAGAAGCCCCAGAAGGACAAGUCAGUAGCUGGAGGUCAGGCUAAUUUUGCCAGCUUUCAGAGCCCAUCAGUCCCUGUGCCCCUGUUCUGCAGGACUGGGAAGGGAAGUCUCACCAAGCAGCUGUUUGGGACGCCGUGCUCCGAGUCGAAGAAGGUCACCUUCGGGCUGAAAAACAACAAGACGGCCGAGUUCAGGAAGACCGACCGCAGCCUGCUGGUCAGCCCUGAUGGAUCAUCCCGUGUGCCCUUUGACCCCCAGCAGAAACCGCGGUUCAGUGUGCUGAAGUCCCCCCUGGGAGCUCAGAUGAGCAAAAAGAGCCACAGCACCACCAAGCGGAGGCCUCGCGCAGCUGAUUUCUUCUAGGACUGUGUUUGUGGAGCAGCUGCUCCGUUUCAUAUGAAGACUGUGACACGGACGAACGUUGCUUUUCGAAAUAACGUUGAGAGUUUAGAAGUUUUGUACAGUAAUCCCCCCCCCGUGCUCACUAAGUUUCUACGAACGACCGUUGGAUUAAAACCUUUCCUGUACCAGCGUCUCCAUGGUGUGUUCUUGAGGAGUUUUCGGAGCUACCAUCUCCACUCAUCCAAAGGGGUUUGUAUGUGUAGUAAAUAUGGACACUGGCUACUCAGGUUACAAAUGGUCGAGUUACAAAUUUAAGAUAUUUUCUUCCGAUGAAAAUUAAAAAGUCAGUAUUUCCUUCUUGUAUCUCUAAUUUCUUUUUUGAAGAUGGCAUUGUUUUCUCUGUCAAAACACCGUUAGUUUCCAAGCAUAAGUAUGGGGAUAACAAGCUGCAAGAAUAAAAAUGUAAGAGUUUUGUAAUUUAGGGUAAAGGUUUCAAUUAGUGAUGGUACAAGAUAGAACUCUAUGGAAAACCAGUGCACCACCAUUCCAAAAGGUCUGAACCAUCUAAAAAUACACAGGUUUACCUGCAAUGGGGACAAAAUACAAGAAUUCUCACUUAUCCAGUCACUGGUUUUAGUUUGAAGAAUUUCAGUAAUAUAAGCUGAGAAUUUGAUUUUUUUGGUACUAAUAAAUGUAUCGGUAAUGUUGCAUGACCACUCCAACCUGAAGAUGUGUUCCUUCAAAAUGAGGAAACACUCUGAAGCAAGAAUGUAUGUUUUAAUUAAUGUAAUAAAAUCCCU